AUGAUGCUCAACUCUGACACUAUGGAGUUGGACCUGCCUCCCACCCACUCGGAGACCGAAUCGGGCUUUAGCGACUGUGGGGGCGGGCUGGGCCCGGAUGGUGCUGGGUCAGGGGAUCCCGGAGUGGGCCAGGUCCGGAGCUCGGAGCUCGGAGAGUCCGGCCGCAAAGACCUGCAGCACCUGAGCCGUGAGGAGCGCCGGCGCCGGCGCCGCGCCACCGCCAAGUACCGCACGGCACACGCCACGCGGGAGCGCAUCCGCGUCGAGGCCUUCAACUUGGCCUUCGCCGAGCUGCGCAAACUGCUGCCCACUCUGCCCCCGGACAAGAAGCUAUCCAAGAUUGAGAUUCUACGUCUGGCCAUCUGUUAUAUCUCGUACCUGAACCAUGUGCUGGACGUCUGAACUGAGCCCGCCUCCCGCCCUGGAUUCUCCCCUUCUCCCGGGGCCUGUCCAGGGCCCCCAGUCACCACACAUUACUUAGAAUGGC